UUCCGAGAUCUUAUCGGCUACAUACUGUACAUUUAUUUAAAUAUGAUUCAUAAUAAUGAUGAUGAGUUGAUGACGUGUCUUCGUUUACGCCCCCUGGUAGUCAGUACCGAGCGAAGAUGGCGGAUGGCAUUCAGGUGAGAGUACUCUACGACUUUGAUGCACAGCCUGGAACAGGUGAAUUAAGUGUUUGGGCCAAUGAAAUUUUAACAGUGACUAGAAAUGAUGUAGGUGAAGGAUGGUGGGAAGGAACAAAUAGUAAAGGGGAAUGUGGACUGUUUCCUGCAGGUUAUGUAGAAGUAAUUUCUAAUCCUCCUCCAUCAGUGCCUCCACCUCCGUUACCUCCAAGUUACAUUCAAGACAAUCAACAAAACACACAACAGUCUUUUCAAACAGAUGCCAAUCAACAAUCUUAUGAACCUGUUGAUGAUUGGGAUGAUGACUGGGAUGAUGAUGAAUCAAAUUAUGGUGGUCAGGAUGCAUCUCAGAAUCAACCACCAAUGUCUGGAUUUGCAGUUCCUAAUAGGGAUGUUGAUACAUCUAAUAAAAUGGUUGAUCCAAGUGGUAAAGGGACUGUUAGGAAACGUUUAAACAGGUUUUCAACAUUUGUUAAAUCUGGUGGGGAAUUAUACAUUCUUGGACAAACAAAAACUGUUGUUCCUUCAGAUAAAUGGAUAGAAAUUUUGGAUACAGGAAGUGAAAUAAUAUGGUCUCCUAAUCCUACUCCUUAUACAUGCUCUGUUGCUUCUCCUAAAAAAGAAAGUAAAUUAAAAGGGUUGAAAAGUUUCAUUAUAUAUAAGCUUACUCCAUCGUUUAAUAAUAUACAAGUCAGUCGCCGUUAUAAACAUUUUGAUUGGUUACAUGAAAGACUAGAAGACAAGUUCACUCUGAUUCCAAUUCCCCCACUUCCAGAUAAGCAAAUAUCAGGUAGAUAUCAAGAAGAAUUUAUUGAGCAUCGAAUGGCCCAGUUACAAAUGUGGGUGAAUAGAAUUUGCCGUCAUCCAGUAUUAUCGCAAUCUGAAGUUUGGAAACAUUUUAUAACAUGUACUGAUGAAAAAAGAUGGAAAACAGGUAAAAGAAAAUCUGAGCGAGACGAAUUAACUGGUGCUUCCUUAUUUCAUGCAAUUAAAGCACCAGAAUCUCCUUUGGAUGCCAAUACAGUGGAGAAACAAACAGAUAACUUUGGAAAAUUUGUUAUAAAGUUAGAUGAUAAUGUUAAGCAACUUUUUAAUAUAACUCAAGAUCAAGUUAAAAAAUUUACUGGAGCAUACAGAAAAGAAUUUAGUAGAAUAGCAUUUACUUUUAGAGAUCUUGGAGCUGCUUUUGACUUGGAUGAGAGUCAAAGUUCUUGUGAACUUACCAAAGCAAUUAAACAUACAGGGGAUACAUUUGAAGAAAUAGGAAAAAUAUUUGAAGAUCAGCCAAAGAAUGAUUUUGAGCCAUUAGGUGAUAUGAUGCAUGAAUAUAAAGGAAUGUUAGCAGCUUGGCCCGAUAUUCUUAAUGUUCAAAAAGGAGCAUUAAAUAGGAAAAGAGAAUAUCAGAAAUUAUUAGAAGAAGGAAAAUUAGAAUUUAAUGAAGCUAAUGCUGUAUGUGUAAGAAGUGAUGUUAUCUCUUAUGCUACUUUGGCUGAAAUGAAACACUUUCACUAUGAAAGAAUUGCAGAUUUUAAAGAGGUUAUGCAGCAUUUCUUAAGAGGGCAGAUUGAAUUUUAUCAAAAGAUUGUUCAAAAGUUACAAGAUUCUCUAGUCAUGUAUGAAUAUGUUAACUGAAUGUCUUCUAGAAGAAAUAUUUCUAUUUUAAUUAUGUUAAAUAAUGUUCUGAUAUUUAUAUGUAAUGUGCAAUCUAAUCAAAGUACAGUUACAGCUGUGCUUUCUAUGAAAAUGAUUGAUUGGAAUUACUCAAACUGAAGAAAAUGUUUCUUAAUUUUUCAAAAAUAUAUUUAAAAUGAUUUAUUUUAUACAUUCAAAUCAAAUUCAGAAUUAAUGAUCAAUGAUUUAUAAUACUAUAUGCAUAGAUAAAGAAGGAAAUGUUUUAUUUAUAUGAAUGAAUUCAUUUAGAAUUUGUGCCAUUAUUAGCAUUAUAAUAUUUUUCUUUUGAAUUGGGUAAAGUUCUCCUCUAUAAUUAUUAGAGAUGCUUUCUGCAUAGUAUUAUUUUAUUUUUGAUUUAUAUGAAUUAAAUUUGUCGCAUUUAAAGUAGAUCCUAGCAUGAUUGUGAAACGACAAAUAUUCACACAUGUACAUAACAUUGAUCAUUUAUUAUUCAUUGCAUUCUGUAAAUUGAAGUCAGUGUAAUGUUUAACUUGAUGCUGUGCAUCUAUAAUAAACCAUUCUUCUAGCUUUCAAUUUUAUGGCAAAUAUAAGCACAUUUGCUAAAGCAGUAUCAUAGAUUACUUUCAUGUAAAUAUUGAACUUCUAGGAAUAUAUGGAUUAUGUUGAAAAAUUUGAUUUGUUGGUGUGAUAUUCCAAUUUUCAAUCAAAAAUGAGUUAACAUGCAUAAUUUAGACAAUCGCCUCGUCUCCUCAUGCAAUACUGUAUUUGUUAAUGAAAUGUCUGAUGUAAAUAGUUUGUUACAGGCAAUUAAUCAAUACAUUAUAGCAUAAGCAGUAUAGAAUAUCAAGUAAGUACUUGCUUAGCAGUAAAUAAGCAUAAAAUAACUAUAGUAACCAAUUUCAAUGUAUAAGAUUAUUUUUCAAAUUAUAUUAUUAAGCAAACAAAUCUUAAUCAUUGAUUACUUUAUUUUUGGUUGAAAAGUAAAAUAUUUCAUUCUAUAGCUAUAGAAAGUAGUAAAAUUCUAGGACCUUUAGGCAUAUUGCAACAAGUGUUUGAAUUCUAAACCAUAGUAACGUAAAAUGUUUUUAUUUUAAAAAAAGUCUUGUUUCUUCUUGUGAUUUUAGGAGUCAUUAUUACCAAUUACUAAUCUUGAAUGCUAGAAUUUAACCAAUAAGUUAUCAAGAUUGUAAUCAUUGAUUCAGCAAAUACAUUUUUAAGUUACAAUUCCAGAAUUUUACUACAUUCUAUAUAUUGUAUUUAAUUAAAAUUGUCUAUAUUGUAAUUUUGGAGUAAAAAAUAUUAAUUCAUUUAAAUUCAAUCAUGUAUCAUUCUAUAAAAAUUAUUUUUGAAAAUGUUUUCCUAACACAAACU